AUGUCGCCUCCGCGACGUCGUUCCGCCCGUUUGGCGAGCGUCCAAAAGACGCCAAAGGCAUCAACGCCUCAGCCGAACCUCGCCUCUCUCGAUGAGCAGCCCGAGACUGCGGAGCGUGAUGGCUCCUCUGCGAAGGAAAAUGGAGCGCCCUCUUCACCGCCUCCACGCACACCAGCCAAAUCGACUCCGCCAAAGCCUCCAAUGUCCGAGAUGCAUCCCAGCAAAGUCCACCCGUCCAUGACCUCGGCUCCCUCCUCCGCACUGCGUCUCGGCUUCAGCGACAUCCGCCCUGCUGCGGGCCCAGCAGGCCGCGACCAGCCGUCGGGCGCCGCGCAGGACACGCCGUCAAAGACCAAACUCCCUUCAUCGCCCUUCUCCUUCCGUUUCUCUCGGGCCAAUGCCGACAUGGGCCUCAGUGGAAACGCGCAGCGCAUGAUGGAGGAGCUGCGCGAGGAGGCCCUCAAGAUCAAGGCCGAUCUCAUUGCCAAGCGGGAGCAGGAGAAACUCGAAGAGGAACAGGUCAAGGGCCGGAAGAUUGCCCACCCCAAGGGCAAGGCUGGCCGGUACUCUGCCGUGCACAUGGCCGAGUUCAAGAAGAUGGACUCGAUCGAGAACCACCCUUCGGCGUUUCGAGCACAGGCCGGCAGAUUCACCCCUCUUACCAAGGGUGUUAAGCGCACUCAGUCCAGGGCCAACCUCGACGAGCCCGACACCCCUCGGAACAAGGCCAAGCAGGCUGCCGCAACCCCUGCUAAGCGGCCCAACCCAUUGUUCAACCGAGGAUGCGUCUCGACAUCUCGAAAGCCCGUAUCUAAAGCUCCCGAAGAGCCCAUCUCUGCCGUCAAGCGUAUGAAACAGCACAUCGGUAACGACGUCUCCAGCAGCAGGCCUGUUUCUCGCGACGGCAGCUUCCUCCCUCGACCAACGACUGCUACUGGCUCAAAAGAAUUCGGUGGCAUUCCACGCUCGCAGACGCUGGAGUCUCUGAUGACCCCGACCAAGUCUUCGGUGGCUCGCUCCCAGAGCACCAAGACCCCGACCAAGUCCGGCAUCCCAAUCACACCAUCCAUGAGCAGCUUCAGCAGCCUGAAGCGGUCAGCGACCACAAACAGCAUUCAGAAGGCGGAGGAGGAAGUUGAUACCGCGUCCACUACCUUGAAGAGCCCAGGCCGUCUUGAUAGAGUCAAGUCGAUCCUUCGUGGCCGCAAGAUUGCUCCUAUGAAAUCCAAGAGUGCACUUCCCCUGCCCGCCGGCCCCAUCUCAAAGACCCCCAUGCCGCCGAGGGUCAAUAAGGCACUUCCAUCUGUUCCUCUGACUACUCCAGGCCGCAAGCUCGUCAAGCGCGUCGACUUCACGCCCGACACUAAGCGAGCUGCUAUUCUCCAAAAUUCCCCGUCUCCCGUCAAAUCAACAAUUCAGCACUCUCCAUCGCCCAUCAAGGCUGCAAUCCCCAAGUCGAGGUUCACGUUUGGUACUGCCAAGGUUGAAUACCCUACCCUGGACGCAGUCCUGCGCCAGAGCGAGGAGCCUGCGGAGGAGGAGGAUAAGGACGUUGUCUACCCUGACUUGAGCGCUCAUCGGCCCCUUCCCGUGCCUCCGAAGCAGAAAUCGGCCCCAGAGCCCACUGUUCCCGGCACAUUCACCUUCCGGAGCGACCAUACCAUCGACUUUGGUGACACCUCACCGUCGGGCUUCGGAGCUUCUCCUGGACAGUCGAGUGUCCGUCACGUCCGCCCGUCCAUCAUGCCGACGAUGGGCAUGCCCGGAAGCUUCCCGCUGUCUGUCUCGAGCGUCGGAUCCAACAAGGAGAACAAGCCUCCCGUCCCGUCGAUCCCGGCCGCGCCGCACGGACUGCCCAACAAGAAGCGCCACCGGGCUGCCGAGGAUGACGACGACGAAGAGGGACCGGAGGCGGACGAGCGGGCCGCCAAGAAGCGCCGGGCGGACCCGGUUCCGGAAGGCGAGGCUCUGCUGGCGCCGCGGCUCAUGGCGCAGAACAGGGGCAGCCCGCAGAGGAAGAUUCUUGGUAGUGCCAAGAAGCCGUCGCAGAUUCCUGGCUUCGCCGAGUCCCGGACCCCGAGCCCGGUCAAGAAGAAGGCGGUGCUGAGCCUGAGCCGGCUGAACAUGCUCGCGCGUCCGAAGAUGAGGAAGUGA